AUGAGUGCGGUAGCAUCAGAAGAAACAUCCUUGGCAAAGCCUAAUUGUUCAUCGCAAUGCGGAUCAGUCACUCAAAUCCCAUAUCCUUUUGGAAUUGAAGCUGGCUGCUACCUUGAUGGCUGGUUCCAAAUAAUAUGUGACAACUCAGCCAGCCCACCGAAAGCUUUCUUGAACGUUACUGGUUUAGAGGUGCUGGAAAUUUCUGUUGAAGGCACACUAAAGGUGGAAAGCCCUAUUACCUUCUCUAAUUGCAGUAACAAGCCAGCAGGCCGCCAGACGCCGAACUUGGAAGGAAGUCCGUUUGUGUUCUCCAUGAAAAACAGAUUUACUUCCUUGAGCUGUGGAGACAUCGCCUUGAUGACAUCCUUAGAUGGUUCAGCAAUUGCUGGCUGCUUGUCCAUAUGUGAUGAUUCAAGUACUAGCUAUCUACGAACGAAAAGCUGCAUCGGGAUGAAUUGCUGCCAAACCACCAUUACUCCAUAUCUCAGGUCCUUCAAUACUAGCUUUGGAGCAGUAUUAAAUGCUGACAGAAAGGCAUGCAAGUAUGCCUUCCUUGUAGAGCAUGACUGGUUUACAUCAAACUCAACAAAUGUUUCUGCCAUUGGUGAAAUGGACUACGUUCCUAUGGUGCUGGAAUGGCACGUACUUGAUUUGAAUUAUACCGAGUUUGAUAUAUAUGGAACAAAUAAUUGGAGAGAUGAUAAAAGUACGGAUUGCAGCAGCAGCCAAUGUGUCUGCUCAAAGGGCUACCAUGGAAACCCUUAUCUUCUUCAUGGAUGUCAAGACAUCAAUGAAUGCGAGGAUCCAGACCACCCCAAUAGAUGUGGUUCCGGCAUUUGUAUCAAUUAUCCUGGGAGGUUUAUGUGUCAAUUGCCUGAUCAACGACCAUCACGGGUUACUCUAGCCAUUAUAGUUCCCAGCAGUGUUCUUGGGCUGUUGUUUCUGCUAACUGGCAUCUGGUGGGCGCACAAAGUCAUAAAGAAAAGGAAAGAUAUGAAACGCAAAGAGAAGUUCUUUAGACAAAAUGGUGGUUUAGUGCUGGAGCAACAAUUAUCUUCUGGUGAACUCAAUGUUGAGAAGGUUAAGUUGUUCAAUUGCAAGGAGCUAGAGAAAGCCACGGACCAUUUUAAUGCAGACAGAGUUAUUGGUCAGGGAGGCCAAGGUACAGUUUAUAAAGGAAUGUUGGCGGAUGGAAGAAUUGUUGCUGUGAAGAAGUCUAAAAUAGUUGAGGGAGGUGACGUUGGACAGUUCAUUAAUGAAAUUGUCAUUCUCUCACAAAUUUCCCACAGGAAUGUGGUUAAGCUAUUGGGUUGUUGUUUAGAGACCGAAGUUCCCCUCUUGGUUUAUGAAUUCAUACCCAAUGGAACACUUUUUCAAUAUAUUCAUCACCAGAAUGAGGAGUUCCCUCUUACAUGGGAAACGAGAUUAAGAGUUUCAAUCGAAGUUGCAGGAGCACUUUCCUACUUACAUUCUGCAGCUUCCUUUCCAAUUUACCACCGGGACGUCAAGUCUUCUAACAUACUCUUGGAUGAAAAAUACAGAGCCAAAGUAGCAGACUUUGGGACUUCAAGGUCAAUUUCCAUUGACCAAACGCACCUUACAACACUAGUACGUGGAACAUUUGGUUAUCUGGACCCAGAAUACUUCCAAUCUAGCCAAUUUACAGAGAAGAGUGAUGUUUAUAGCUUUGGAGUCGUCCUUGCUGAGCUCUUGACCGGACAAAAACCAGUUUCAUUCAUGAGGUCACCAGAAAGCAGAAGCCUAGCAACUUAUUUCCUUCUGUCCAUGGAGGAUAAUAAUUUGUUUGCUAUUCUUGAUGCUCAAGUUAUGAAGGAUGGUGGAAAAGACCAGAUUGUGGCCGUUGCUAAUCUUGCAAAAGCAUGCUUGAAUUUGAAUGGAAGAAAGCGUCCUACUAUGAAAGAAGUGGCAGUAGAGUUGGAGGGAAUUCAAUUGUCAGUUAAAGCUUCUGGUGUCCAACAAAAUUUUGCAGAGGUGGAAUAUGAUCAAAGCCAAAUAACCGAGCCGUGGAAAGGUGGUGGUCCUUCAAAUGUGUCUGCUGGAACUGUAACUCGUAUUGGAAAGAUGGUUGUUCAGGGAAAGAAGUUUGAUUGUUCUAGCCCUGUUAAUGAUCAAAUCACUAGUUGGGUCACUAAUCAAAAGAGUCACUAUGAGAAAGGUGUCUACAUCUUUGGUCAUCAACCGCCUAAUAUAAGUGAGAAAGAUGCUAAUAGGGUGGGGAGCACAGAUUCUGAGGGUGAUGAGGAUACGUUGAACUCUAAUAUUUCUGAUAGCUUGUGUCAAGCUGAUAAAAUGGAUCUUUUGGAAGGUCAAGUUAAUCUAUGUGGUGGGAACUUGGCAGGCAAUACCUUCAGCGAUGGUGGAGGUAUGACUCCCUUGGGUCCUCUUAUCUUUCUACUUGUUUUUAUGAAUAUUGUCUACUGGAAUGUUCGAGGUGCUGCUUGCACAAAAUUCAAGACUAAUAUGAUGGAUUUGAUCCAUUCUCAUCAUAUGGACAUCUUGUUCAUUUUUGAGCCUCGUAUAAGCGGUGGUAAGGCUACUUCUAUUGCUCAAUCCCUUGGUUUCUCUAAUUUUGAAAUUGUGGAUGCUACUGGUUUUUCUGGUGGUCUAUGGUUGCUAUGGGAUGCCACUAAAGCACAUGUUGAUAUUUUGGGGACUUCAAACCAAUCUAUUUAUGCUUCUGUGGCCUGGCUUGGCCAGUCUCCUUGGUUGUUUACAGCUGUGUAUGCUAGCCCUUGUGGUAUUAAAAGAGAAGGAGCUCCUGUUUGUAGAUUGAAAGGUUUUAGAAGCUUGUUUGAUUGCAAUGCUAUGGUUGAUUUGGGUUUCUUGGGCCCAAAAUUUACUUGGAAUAAUAAGAAAGUCUUUGAAAGGCUUGAUCGAGCUAUAUGUAAUUGGGAGUGGAGGGGAUUGUUUGCUGAAGCCACUCAAGAAGCUGUGUUUUGGCAACAAAAAUCGAGAAUUACUUGGCUACAAGAUGGUGAUAGAAACACCAAGUUUUUCCACACUACUACUAUCAUAAGAAGGAGAAGAAAUAAGAUUGAAAGGUUGAAGAAUACUAAUGGUAUUUGGAUUGAGGAGGCUAAUAGCUUAAAAAACUUGGCGAUGGAUCAUUUUUCCAAUCUCUUUUCUACUACUUCUCUUGGUGAUUAUGUGGUUGAUCUCCCUAACCUUUUCCCCCCUAUUGAUGUGGCUGAUCUGCAUGGGUUGGUUCAACCAAUUAAUAUGGAUGAGGUUAAGACUAGUCUUUUUAAUAUUGGUGGGCUUAAAGCUCCUCGUGUAGAUGGGUUCCCUGCUUGUUUUUAUCAGAGUCAGUGGAAUCAAUGUACUAGUGAUAUUUUUCAAAUGGUGGUGAAUGCUUUUAAGGAGUGUCGAAUCCCAGAGAAGCUUAACUAUACUCUAAUCACCUUGGUCCUUAAAGUUGACAACCCGCAAACUAUGGAGUUGAUGCAUAAAUUUAAGCUAUCUAAGGGGAAGAAAGGCUAUAUGGCCUGGAAAAUUGAUUUGUCUAAGGCUUACGACAGAUUAAAUUGGAAGUUUGUUGAGCAUGUGUUAGUGGAGUUGGGGUUGCCUUGUCCUAUCACUAAAUUGAUUUUGAGUUGUGUUUCUACUAUGAGGUAUCAAAUUUGCAUGAAUGGUGGAAGCGUACCUGGGAAAUGCAAGAGACCGCUAGAAAAUAAUCAUGGCAGCGCACACGCGGGAAACGGGAAGGUCACGUCAGCAGCCUGGAUUUGA